UAACGAACUAUCAACAACAUUCCGCUGGUGAGCUGCUCGGUUCGAGGUCGCGUUUGAUGAGGCCGUAGCCAUUCGCAAAAACGGCAGAAGAAUGUUAUUCAAAAUAUUUUGUGCCUGGUGUAUUCUUAUGGGGCUGCCAGUUACAUUGACUAUGCAGCGACAAGCAUCGCGCUCGUUCGCGAUCGACUAUGACAACGAUACCUUCGUUAUGGAUGGCAAACCGUUCCAGUAUGUGGCCGGAUCGUUUCACUACUUUCGUGCCCUCCCGCAAAGCUGGCAACCGAUUCUCCGUGCGAUGCGUGCCGCCGGUCUUAAUGCAGUAACAACAUACGUCGAGUGGUCACUGCACAAUCCAAAAGAAAACGAAUACAACUGGGAGGGUAUGGCGGAUGUCGUGCAUUUCAUUGAGCUGGCCAUGCAGGAGGAUCUGUAUGUCAUCCUGCGUCCUGGACCGUACAUCUGUGCAGAACGGGACAUGGGAGGUUUUCCGUCCUGGUUGCUAUACAAGUACCCGGGCAUCCUGCUGCGCACCAACGAUAACAACUAUCUUCGUGAAGUACGAUCGUGGUAUGCUGCGCUGUUCUCACGUCUAGCACGUUUCAUGUACGGCCAGGGUGGACCAAUCAUUCUGGUGCAGGUAGAGAACGAGUAUGGAUCGUACUUUGCCUGUGAUCACAAGUACCUCAACUGGCUACGGGACGAAACAGCUCGUUACGUAAAAAGCGAUGCAGUACUAUUCACAAACAAUGGUCCCGGGUUGGAGACUUGCGGUGCAAUAGAGGGAGUGCUUAGCGCACUGGACUUUGGACCGGGUACCGAGGACGAAAUCAAUGGAUAUUGGACGGGACUAAGAAAGACGCAACCGAAGGGACCACUGGUCAACGCAGAGUACUACCCCGGAUGGUUAACGCACUGGCAGGAAGCACACAUGGCCCACACGGAUACGAAACUGGUCGCCGACAGUUUGGCGUUUAUGCUGCGUAAUAAGGUGAACGUCAACAUUUACAUGUUCUUCGGUGGAACCAACUAUGGGUUUACCGCUGGAGCUAACAGUGCCGGUUCGGGGGGAUAUGUAGCCGACAUCACAUCCUACGAUUACGAUGCUCCUCUCACUGAGUGCGGUGAUCCGACUGAAAAAUACUACACCCUUCGGGACACCAUUUUACAAUACUUUCCAAGGCCCAACGUUUCACUCCCACUGCCAACUCCAAAAAUGAAAAUUGACUGCGUGGGCCUGUUUACGGUUGGUAGUCUAUUGGAUCCCGUAUAUCGCGAAAAGCUUACCGCGAUCAAUGUUACCAGCAAUCGACCGUUGACCUUCGAAGCCCUGAACCAAGCCUCUGGUUUAGUGCUGUACGAAACGCUCAUACCGGACGAUAUUCGCACCGAUCCUUAUAAACUAACGGUGGAAGGAAUACACGAUCGUGGAUAUGUAUUCGUCGAUAAACAGUUUAUAGGUGUGCUCUCACGCGAGAACCUCGUCAGCAGUAUGCCGAUCGGUCUGGACAAAGGACGAACCUUGAGCAUUAUGGUGGAGAAUCAAGGACGCAUAAACUUCGGCAUUGCAAACGACUUCAAAGGCAUCGUGGGCAAGGUGUACAUCAACAUGCAGGAAAUACUGAACUGGACCAUGUACGGGAUUCCGCUUGAUGAAUCCAGACUGCUAAAGCAGUCAGUUCUGGAUCAUCGGAAGCAGGUUGGUCAGAAACGGACUAUAAGAUACGACCAAGGGGACAGAGUGCAACCAAUGGCUGUUUUUCAUGGUAUUUUUGAUGUUCACAACGAGCUAGCUGAUACCUAUCUGGAUGCACACGAGUUUGGUAAAGGUGUGGUGUUUAUCAAUGGCGUUAACAUUGGACGGUACUGGCCACUGGUCGGACCGCAGAAGACACUGUUCGUUUCACGGCAUAUCUUGAAACCGAAGGACAACUAUUUGAUUCUCAUUGAAUAUCAAAAACAGUUAGAAAACGGUCAAUGCAUGUACUUUACCGACGCUCCAAUAUUCAACUGAAAACCACGAUCGAUUGC